AUGAGAUGGCGAGGGCUAAAUCCACCGCACAGGGUGAAAUCUAUCUCCAUGACAACAUUUACACAACAGGAAAUUGAACUCCUGCAAAAACAUGGAAAUGAAGUCUGUAAACUGAUUUGGCUAGGAUUAUUUGAUGAUAGAUCUUCAGCGAUUCCAGACUUCAGGGACCCACAAAAAGUCAAAGAGUUUUUAAAAGAAAAAUAUGAAAAGAAAAGAUAGUAUGUCCCACCAGAACAAGCCAAAGUGGUGGCAUCAGUUCAUGCAUCUAUUUCAGGUUCCUCUGCCAGUAGCACAAGCAGCACACCUGAGGUCAAACCACUGAAAUCUCUUUUAGGAGAUUCUACACCAGCACUGCACUUAAAUAAAGGCACACCUAGUCAGUCCCCAGUUGUUGGUCGCUCUCAAGGACAGCAGUAGGAAAAGAAGCAGUUUGACCUUUUGAGUGAUCUUGGCUCAGACAUUUUUGCUGCUCCAGCUCCUCAGUCAACAGCCACAGCCAAUUUUGCUAACUUUGAACAUUUCAACAGUCAUGCAGCUCAGAAUUCUGCAAAUGCAGAUUUUGCAAACUUUGAUACAUUUGGACAGUCUAGUGGUUUGAGUAAUUUUGGAGGUUUCCCCACAGCGAGUCACUCUCCUUUUCAACCCCAAACUACAGGUGGAAGUGCUGGAUCAGUAAAUGCUAAUUUUGCUCAUUUUGAUAACUUCCCCAAAUCCUCCAGUGCUGAUUUUGGAACCUUCAAUGCUUCCCAGAGUCAUCAGACAGCAUCAGCUAUUAGUAAAGUUUCAGCAAACAAAGCUGGUUUACAGACAGCAGACAAAUAUGCAGCACUUGCUAAUUUAGAUAAUAUCUUCAGUGCUGAGCAAGGUGGCGACCAAGGGAGUGGUUUUGGGACCACAGGUAAAGCUCCUGUUGGUUCUGUGGUUUCAGUUCCCAGUCAUUCAAGUGCAUCUUCAGACAAGUAUGCAGCCCUGGCAGAAUUAGACAGCGUUUUUAGUUCUGCUGCCACCUCCAGUAAUGCAUAUACUUCCACAAGUAAUGCUAGCAGCAAUGUUUUUGGAACAGUGCCAGUGGGUGCUUCUGCACAGACACAACCUGUUUCUUCAAGUGUGCCUGCUCCAUUUGGAGUUACGCCUUCCACAAAUCCAUUUGUUGCUGCUGCUGGUCCUUCUGUGGCAUCUUCUACAAAUCCAUUUAAGACCAAUGCCAGAGGAGCAACAGUGGCAACCUUUGGCACUGCAUCCAUGAGCAUGCCUGCGGGAUUCGGCACUCCUGCUCCCUACAGUCUUCCCACCAGCUUUAGUGGCAGUUUCCAGCAGCCCGCCUUCCCAACCCAAGCAGCUUUCCCUCAACAGACAGCUUUUUCUCAACAGUCCAAUGGUGCAGGUUUUGCAGCAUUUGGACAAACAAAGCCAGUGGUAACCGCUUUUGGUCAAGUCGCAACUGCUGGAGUAUCUAGUAAUCCUUUUAUGACUGGUGCACCAACAGGACAAUUUCCAACAGGAAGCUCAUCCACCAAUCCUUUCUUAUAGCCUUAUAUAGACACUUUACUGGAACGAACUUAUGUGGUCACAUUACAUCUCUCCGCCUCUUGCACUGUUGUCUUGUUUCACUGAUUUUAGCUUUAAACACAAGAGAAGUCUUUAAAAAGCCUGCAUUGUGUAUUAAAUACCAGGUAAUAUGUGCAAAACAGAGGGCUCCAGUAACAACUUUUAACCUGUGAAUUGGCAGAAAAAGGUAGCGGUAUCAUGUAUAUUAAAAAUUGGCUAAUAUUAAGUUAUUGCAGAUACCACAUUCAUUAUGCUGCAGUACUGUACAUAUUUUUCUUAGUAAUUAGCUAUUUGUGCAUAUCAGUAUUUGUAACUUUAACACAUUGUUGUGUGAGAAAUGUUACUGGGGAAAUAGAUCAGCCACUUUUAAGGUGCUAUCAUAUAUCUUGGAAUGAAUGACCUAAAAUCAAUUUAACCAUUGCUACUGGAAAGUUACAAAGUCAAAAUUGGAAGGUUUUAUUCGUUCUUGAAUUUUUCCUUUCUAAAGAGCUCUUCUAUUUAUACAUGCCUAAAUUCUUUAAAAAAUGUAGAGGGAUACCUGUCUGCAUAAUAAAGCUGAUCAUGUUUUGCUACAGUUUGCAGGUGAAAAAAUAAAUAUUA